ACUAAAUCAUAUUUUACUAAUAAAUCUAUAGCGCAAACAAUGGCAGACAUCUCAAGCGGAAGCGGAAGUGAAGAUUGCGAAGGUGUCAGACUAGUUGUCCUUAAUUUACCAGAAGAUGAGGGCGAGGGUCUAGGCUUCCGUUUAACAAGAACUCUAUGGGACCCUUAUCCUUGGGUUCGUGAAGUAACUCCAGGAGCAAGGGCUGACUUGGCGGGAUUGAAAACAGGGGAUUGUUUGCUUCAGGCUGACGGAAAAGAUUUACUUGGGUUACCGGUUGGACAAGUGGCUGGGUUGAUCAGGGGAGAUGGAGCGGGCCACGGCAUUUCACUUCUUGUAUGGAACUGUGGAGUGGAUCCAAAAGAUGAUCCAGAGCUACUCUGGAGUUGCGGUGGAGGUUCACGUGGUGAGAAGUCAAGGAGAGCGCUGGCGGGAGUCGUAAAAGCAUUAUCCUGCUGUGUCUGCGCCGCUACAGCCACAAAAGCACUGAACUGCGCACGGUCACAUUUGUACUGUGAAGCAUGCUGGAAGAGGCUAGAACGCUGUGCUUUAUGUAGAGAAGCACUACCGCAGAAGGAUUCUCCGUAUGCUAGGAAUUUGGUCGCUGAACAGGUUUUCGAAGCAAUAGCAACAGAAUAUGAAAUCAAAGACGCAAUGAAAAAGCCAAGUGAAUCUGCAUCAGCCUACGCAUCACCCAACAGGUCCCCAAACAUGUCAUCUGCGGCCUUCCGGAGAGGCCAAUACCAUCUAUCAGCAAUGAGGAAUCGCAAAACUGUACAGUUUAUCGAUAAAUACAAACAAAACUACGCAUCUGAUCCCAACAUUCAUAGAUCUCUUAAUCAAGAUUCGAAGCCAACAGUCGAAAGUUCAACUACUGAAAACGGAAGAAAAACUUGUGAUUGUCAACAAAGUGGGAAAUCAGCUAAAAUACCGGUUAUACGAAUAAACGAUGAACAAAAAUGUUGCCAGAGCAUGUUACAGCAUAGUUUGAUUGCUCGUGCAAGACAAGCCUGCUCACUGGUUGAUUUGCAAGCUGCGAUGCAGUCUUGUGCGCUGUCGAAGUCAUUAAAUAAUAUCAACACUGAAAACUGUAACGAAUCAGGGCACCACAGUGGCUCUCUUGACAACUUGAAGAUAAAUUGUAAAACUACCUCAGAUACGCCACUUUAUGUGCUUUCUGCUCCACCGAUUUAUGUAUUAACGUGUGAUCAUAAUAAAAACGAAUAAUGUAAUGUUAUGUAGGUAUAUAAAUAAUGUUGCAAAUCUUAUAAUUUGUAAGGAACUGUAAGUGCCAUUUAUUCUGCAACGAUAUCAUGUUAUAAUUAAAAAGUUUAAUAAAUA